AUGCCUUCCGACAAAAUAGAGAAAAAGCGCAAGCGCGCCUCAGAUCGCCAUGAGCGUCCAAGCAAAAAGACCGCUCUGGAGCUGCAGGCCCUCCCGCCGUUGGCAGCUAGUGUUGUCGAGGAUCAGAGCGAGCUGGCUCCAGUGAUUGCUACGACACCCGGUGUGAUGAACUCGAAAGCCCUCCGCUUCAACCCAUACAUCAAAGCCCGCGACGGCAAGCGUGCAACCCUCGCUCGGAACCCUGGAAUUGUCUCCUCGGAGAUGCUAUUGCAGUCGUCUCAGCAUGAAAAGAUGGACUUUGUCGGCCGUGAAGGAACUGGAGACGACACAGACUCGCAGCUCAAGCACUACGUUGCCGUUGUGGACCCGGAGCGCAAGACAUGGCAGAUUGUGGAAGCGCGGCGAGUGACUCUUCGUGGCGGUGUCCGCACUAUUCAGCAGGAUGAUGAAGAUGAAGAAUCUGAAGAGGAGCUGAACACUAUGCGCGCCCAACGCACGGCCCUGACCAACACAUUCGGUACCAAGCAGUCUCGCAAGGCUGUCCAGUCCAUGGCCGAGAAUGCCCAGUUAUCCAACGCCCCCGCUGGAUCCGUCACCGAGGCUGGUGCCGCACUCAUCUCCUCUUUACCAGCGGAUAUUGCUUCCGGAAAGGCCAAGGCACUCAAUGUGCAGGCCGAGGUGCAAGCAGCCAAGCCUCUGCCCACACCAAACCUCACCGCAGCUCACCCGCUGGACUUCUACCCUAUCGAGAAUUUGGUUCCAGGUGGACAAUCCACUCUGCGCCAAUUGACUGGUGUCGAAGAUUGGAAGCAGCAAGUCGAAGCUGGUCUGGCCGUUACUACCAGUUCCAGAUAUGUGGCCAACCGCGUCGAAGCAGUUGUGCUCUCCGGAAACCAGGACAAGCUCCAGGUUCUCCGAUUCAUCCAGCUGCUGCUGGAAUUCGCUCGUUCACUCAAGUCUGGCCGUUCUGCUGGUGGUCCCGGCACCAAGAAGUUGCUACCCCGUGACGAACUCAAGAGGGUUCUUUCCAGCACAUCUGGAGUCAAGACUGAUGAAUCUGAGGAGUCUACGGAUGAGCUCCUUCCGGACGCUGUUAUCGACGCUGUCCGUCGCCGCUUCGCCCCCAGCGGUGGCUCUGUUAGCAGACACGACAUGACCCUUCUCCACACCACCAUCUGCGCUCUCUCCCUGCACAUUCCCCCGCAGCCGGCCAAGGACGGUGGAUCCAGCUCUCUGGGCGGCAACGCAGCUAACGAGCUGGCGACCGACCCCUCUGAUCUUCGUGACGAUCUGCGUCUUGACUCAAAUACUGUGCAGCAAUACUUCCGCGAGCUGGGUUGCCGCAUCGACCGACCCCGCGAGACAGAAUUUGCCAAGUGGAACAUCAAGGGUGGACGUGCUGAGGCGAAUGCUCGUCGUAUUGCUCGCCUGCGUAUUCCUGUUGAGUUCCCCAAGGUUAGCCGUGGAGGCAAACAAUAA